AGGAAGGAAGGAAGGUAGGUAGGUGGCGGCUUACUCCUACAAUUCCAGCACUUACUAGUAGACAAAGCUCGAGAACUUCUCGGGUGUGGAAGGAUGACAAAGAGCUGAGCCAUGUCACCCUGUCUGCAUGAAAGGUUAUCUUUUGGCAAGGAGAUGGUAAAGGUCAGGCUGCCCACUGCCUCCCCUCUGUGAGGAAGAUAACUCAGGUCAGCGGGAGGGGCAGAGAUCCAGCCUGUAUAAAUGGGAGGACAGAGGUGGUGCAGAGAGAGCCACCUCGGUUGCAGGCAUCUCAGCUGAGCAUGGCAACCCGCGGGCUGCUGCUGCUGGCUUGCUGGGCUCUCCUUGGGACUCUGCAGCUGCAGGCCGAUGCGAGGCCAGCGCCCUACGUGGUGAAGCUGUGCGGGCGCGAGUUCAUCCGAGCGGUCAUCUUCACCUGUGGGGGCUCACGAUGGCGCCGGGCAGACAUCUUGGCCCAUGACUCUCCGGGGGACUUCUUCCCUGAUGCAGAAGCCAAUACGGACAACCUGGCCAGCGAACUGGACGAAGCUGUGGGCUCCAGCGAGUGGCUGGCCCUGACCAAAUCCCCCCAGGCCUUCUAUGGUAGUCGACCCAGCUGGCAAGGAUCGCCUGGAGCAGUUCGGGGCAGCAGAGAUGUCCUGGCUGGCCUUUCCAGCAGCUGCUGCGAGUGGGGUUGUAGUAAGAGUCAAAUCAGCAGCUUGUGCUAGGACCCGGGUCGGGCGAUGGGGGCCGGUCCCCGUGCCUCCAACCUACUGUCUAUGCGACGCUCAGGAGCAUUCCUACAGGCAAGGCAUUGAAGGCUCCGCGUUCUCCUCACAGACCUUCUGCCAGGACUCUACCUAGUCCCACCUUGCUCCGGACCACACCCAUACUCAGCCAAGCAGAAACUUGAUCUUCACGGUUCAAUUCUUCCCCUCCCCAGCCCCAGCUCCAAAGAGCCCGGCUACAGCCAGGCGUCCACCUACCCAAAUUAGCCGCCACACUGAGAACCCGCGUCCUGUCCGGUCCUAAUUGCCGCCGCUGUUUCCUGACCAGGCCAUUGCAACCUACCCCCUGCUUCUCUCCCUUCCGUCCCCAGCCCAAAACACUCUUCUGCAGACCCCAGGGCUGGGAACGCGAGGUUCCCAGUACUCAGUAUUUUCCACUACAAAAUAAAGGUUCAGUUCUGAGCA